AACAGGGUUGUGUUAUUGUAUUUUGCAGCAAACAGAUAUGCACGAUUUAAGGUUAAAUAAAAGGUAAUACAUUGUAAAAAUAUCGAAAUUUUGUUGGUGAUACAUUCAAUAUGAUGAGAAGAUUAAUACGACUUUUGAACGGACAUAAAAAGCUUUGGCUUGUUAAAGACGUAUGUGGAUUGAUAUGUGUAUUCAUAACUUGGGGACUGGUGCUUUAUGCACAGUUUGUAGUGAAUAUAGUCAUGCUGUUGCCGGAAAUAUUUAACCAGCCAAUUUACGGAACUUUCAACAUUCUGCUGUUUAAUUCUUUGGCAAUAUUGGCUUUAUCUUCACAUUUUAAGUCAAUGACUACAGAUCCUGGCGCGAUUCCAAAGGGUAAUGCUACAAAAGAAAAGCUUGAGAGCUUGAACUUACAACCGGGGGAAAUUGUAUACAAGUGUGCAAAAUGCUACAGUAUAAAACCAGAGCGUGCUCACCAUUGCAGCGUGUGUAAACGGUGCAUACGAAAAAUGGACCAUCAUUGCCCUUGGAUUAAUAACUGUGUGGGUGAAUCAAACCAGAAAUACUUCGUUCUUUUCACAUUCUACAUUGCUUCAAUAUCGCUACAUGCUCUUAUAUUAAUAGUAGUGCAUGUGAUAAAAUGCGCGUCUAAUGAUUGGAAUGAGUGCGCCUCUUAUUCACCACCUGCGACAGUUAUAUUUCUCAUCACUUUAACUUUUGAAGGGCUUCUCUUUUUCCUCUUCACUAUGAUUAUGUUCUGUACACAAAUGCAUUCGAUUUGCUCCAAUGAGACAGGCAUUGAACAGCUUAAAAAUGAGAAGCAUUGGGGAAAAGGAACAAAAUGGCUAAAUGUGAAGUCUGUUUUUGGUGAUAAAUUUUCCAAAGAUUGGUUUUUCCCAUGCUAUGAACCUUCAAUUGCUAAAAGUGAUGUAUACCAGUAUAUUGUGUGAGACAUUGUACUACUAUCUUGAAAGACAAUGAAGACAACUGUGUUGUAGCACAAAAAUCUACCCAACAUCACUUUAUAGACUUAUAAAUGUGCAGAUUUCGAUACUGCAGUAUAGUACUACACUUCAAAACUGUUUAUUACAAUUUUCUUUGUUCUUAAAGCUGUGGGCACUGAAACAAUUAUUAUUAAAGAGUGGAAAUAGUAAUAUGCAUACUGUAAUGCAUGUUUGCCGAUUGUAUUUACACACAUUUACUUUCAUGU